ACCAGAACUUGUAUGGACGCCGUUUUGCUAUGGUUCACGCACCAUGGCGGAACCAUCGACGCGUCUUCCAUCGGAUUCGUUGACUUCUCUAACGCGGGUCGCGGCGCAGUCGCUCUGCGAGACAUCCCGGAAAACCACAUUUUGUUCAAGAUUCCGCGCAAGCUGCUCCUAUCGAACGAAACUUCACCUCUGCCUGCUCUCAUCGGUCUCGAACAAUGGCGCGCACGCAAGAUGCACAUUGGAUGGGCUGGAUUGAUCUUGUGUAUGUUGUGGGAGGCAGCAAAGGGGCAAGAAUCCAAGUGGGCUCCAUAUUUGGACUCCCUGCCAACGACGUUUGACACACCUAUGUUUUGGAGUGAAGGCGAUCUCGAAGAGCUGCGGGGAACCUCCAUCUCUGAUCUGUUUAAACUAGAAAAACUAGGAAAAGCCGACGCCGAGAAGGACUUCCACGAAAAAGUACUCCCGUUAGUCCAAAGUCGCCCGGACAUCUUCCUCGCUCCUACAACGUUCUACACGCUUCAAAGAUACCACAUUAUGGGUAGCCGGAUCCUUUCGCGCAGCUUCGAUGUGGAGAAGAACGAAGAGGACAACGAGAAUGAAGCUGCAAACACCAGUGUGGGCAGCGCAAUGGAUGUGGACUCGGAUCACCCACCAACCACUAAUGAGCACGAAGAGACUGGGUCGGACGGGGAAGCAGAAGAUGAUGAAGAAGACGACUCCAUCGUCGUGUCGAUGGUCCCACUAGCAGACAUGUUGAAUGCGCGAUACGGUUCUGAAAAUGCCAAAUUAUUCUACGAAAAAUAUGCGCUGGGCAUGAUCUCGACUAAACCCAUUCUGGCGGGCGAGCAAAUCUGGAAUACUUACGGCGACCUUCCAAAUGCCGAACUCCUUCGGAGGUAUGGUCAUGUCGACCUGCUCCCCUUGGACGACCAGCCUGGAGAACUCGGCAACCCAGGAGAUGUCGUCGAGAUCCGCGCAGACCUCGUCAUCUCCGCGCAGAACCUAUCACAAGAGGACACAAAGGAGCGGAUUGACUGGUGGCUCGAACAAGGCGGGGAUGAUGUGAUCGUCUUUGAAUGGGACAUGGUCAUUCCUCCUGCCCUCGUCGCCCUCAUCCGCCUGCUCCGCCUACCGCCCGACGAAUUCGCACAUGCAGUCGAGAAGGACAAGGUUCCUAAACCAAAACUCGAUCUGGAGGUGCUGUCUGUUGUCAUCACCGUGCUCGAACGGAGGCUAACCGAGUAUCCUACAACCUUGCUGGACGAUCUCAAACUGAUGGAAGAUGAAGGCCUCUCUAUAAAUAAGAAACACGCCCUCGUCGUGCGCAUCGGAGAAAAACGCAUCCUUCAAGGUGCACUACAAAAAGCCAUGGAGGCACGAACGGCAGCGGAGGCAGCGUCACAGGUGACUAGCGAAAGACCCAGGAAACGGAAAGCAGGGGAGGAAACCGGGAGGAACGUCAAAACCCGGAAGCGUUGA